AAAUAUUUCAUAAACUUGUGCUUGAAAUGUUAUAUGUUUGAAACUUUUGAAAUAUAUCUGAAACACUUCUGAAAUAAUGUGUGCUGUAUGGGGAGGCGACUUUGAUAAUUUAGAAGCCCGAGCAAAAGAAAAGCUACCAGAUGUGGAUUUUGAAGACACCCGUCAAAGACGAAGAAAGAAAAUGCCCAAUGACGGUCCUGAAGUAAGUUCCAGCCCGAGAGAACAAUUUAAAAUCAUGAGUUUUUAUGGCGUUAUUGAUAAAUUAAAUGUAGAGAUGCGAAGCAGGGGAGAGAUAUACAAAGAAAUAGCAGACAAAUUCUCAUUCCUGACUAAAAUAUCCGAUGUCGAUAAAAUUAUGUGUCCCGAUCAAACUUCAGAAUACGGUCAGCGUUGUAGAAAUUUAGUAAAGGCAUAUACCGAUUUAGGAACCGAUAUUCAACAGUUUCAUUCACACGUCAUAAAAACUAAGUUUUAAUGAUUUGCCUCGCACAAGUUAACAUCAAACUCGCGCACAAUUGUAAAAAUUUAUACAUGAUGAUAAAAUUGAAUGUGGACACAGCCCUGCGUAUAUUUUUAGGCCUGAUGAUAUCAAACUGCACAGCGGAAUGAUCUUUUUCGAAAUUGAAAAUCAUAUCUCUUUCGUCCUUCAAACAUAUUCUAAGCUAUUCUAAGGUGCGUAAUGAUAUAUCUUGUAUUUAAUACAUAAUUUUUUUUUAAAGACCGAUACUAAUUUACUUAUGAAUUAUGGAGCCCACAGGCUACUUGUUUAGAUUCUCAAGUAGUCUUAAUCCGCCAUUGGUACUGUGUAGGUAAUGCCUUAGCAGUCUUUGUUUCACGCGUGAUUCUAUUUUACCCUGCCCAAUUCAUUGUAAAAUAGAGGGUUCGCGUUUAGAUUUCCGUACCUGUAUGAAUUCAAUGUAAUGUAUUUUAAUUUGAUUAGUAAAAUAAAAUAAAUAAUUAUAUUAAUGAUUAUUACCAAAUGAGAAUGUGAGGCCUUUAUUUUUACAUACCUAAAAAAGGCGAAAAUGAAAUGUUUAGCAAAAUCAAGCUCUAUAAGUAGACAAAGUUGAAAUAAGAACAAAAUCCUAAACCAAAAGACGAAAAGCGAUAUCAACAUGACAUUUUUAGUAAAAAUCAAGCUGUAUAAGAAGAUGAAGCCUAUUAACUCUGAAAAAAAUCUGAAUAAAAAUGGGAGGUUAAGAGGGGCUUGAAAUAUUUAAAAAAUCCUAACAAAAAUCAAACUCUAUAAGUGGCGAAUACUGGUUAACAAAAAAUCUGUAUAAAAUGGGGGUUGAAGGGGGACGAAAUAAAAAAAAAUAGGAAUCAAAAACCAGAAGCUAUCAACAUGAAUUUUUUAGCAAAAAUCAAGCUCUAUAAGGGGACAAACCCUGUUGACUCAGAAACAAGAAACGGUAUUCACCAUAAUAGAAAAAAUACUAGAGUACUGGUAGGUCUAUUAACAAGGCAUUUGUAGGCUUAACAAACAUAUCUAUAAUAUCGGCCUGACAGAAGAUACCUUAUACCGAUUUCGUCGGGAUAGUACAGGAUCCGUAAGUAAGGUCGACCUUCACCCAUCUGUUUAAUGGAUGAAAGAUUUUUUUUUAUUAAAUAAAAUAUGUUUAUAAAUAUACCGCAAAUGGGU